AGAAGUAAGAAAAUGCUGGGAUCAGAACGAGGUGUCGUGGAAGAAUGGCUGUCAGAAUUCAAGGCAUUACCUGAAACACAAAUUUCCAGCUAUGCAGCUACAUUGCACCGAAAAAAACCACUGGUACCAGCUCUUUAUAAGGUCAUUCAAGACCCAAAUAAUGAGCUCCUGGAGCCUGUUUGCCACCAGCUCUUUGAACUUUAUCGUAGUUCUGAAGUUCGGCUCAAGAGAUUCACACUGCAAUUUUUGCCAGAGCUGAUCUGGGUGUAUCUGCAUCUUACUGCCAGCAGGGAUAGGCAGAGUAAUGGUUGCAUUGAAGCACUGCUGCUUGGCAUUUACAACUUGGAAAUUGCUGACAAAGAUGGAAACAACAAAGUUUUAUCUUUCACCAUACCUUCAUUAUCUAAACCCUCAAUAUAUCAUGAGCCCUCUACUAUUGGAUCCAUGGCGUUAACCGAAGGAGCUCUGUGUCAGCAUGAUCUAAUCAGGGUAGUUUACAGUGAUCUUCAUCCCCAAAGAGAAACCUUCACAGCACAGAACCGGUUUGAGGUGCUGAGCUUUCUUAUGCUGUGCUACAAUUCUGCUAUUGUCUACAUGCCUGCCUCUUCUUACCAAUCACUUUGUAGGAUGGGUUCCAGGCUGUGUGUUAGUGGAUUUCCGCGGCAGCAUGAGAAACACUGGAAAGAACACUGUGGUAGAGUGGUGUUAGACCCUGAUUUCAUGGUGCAGCUGCUCACAGGUGUCUAUUACGCCAUAUAUAAUGGUCAGUGGGAUCUUGGCCAGGAGGUAUUGGAGGACAUAAUUUACAGAGCACAGCUUGAACUCUACUCACAGCCUCUGCUGGUUGCAAAUGCCAUGAAGAACUCACUGCCCUUUGAUGCUCCUGAUGCAUCUCAAGAAGGCCAGAAAGUACUGAAAGUAGAAGUUACUCCGACAGUGCCAAGGAUUUCUCGAACUGCUAUUACAACAGCUUCUAUUCGUCGUCAUCGCUGGAGGAGAGAAGAUGCUGAAGGUGUAAAUGGAAGAGAGGAAUCGGUGAACCUUAAUGAUGCUGAUGAAGGAUUUUCAUCAGGAGCUUCCCUCAGCAGCCAGCCAGUUGGGACCAAACCUCUAUCAUCUAUAUCCCAGAAGGGCAGCUUAAGGAAAACAGCAAGUGGGCGUUCUGCUAAGGAUAAAGAAACCUCUUCUGCAGCAAAAUCCAGUGAGAGCCCUCGAGAUUCAGUAGCUCGGAAGCAGUACACGCACCAAUCCACUGACCUUGGUGCAGAUAUAAUUGAGAUGACACCUACUAAGAAACACCUCACCCUGGCUGCUGGGCAGGUGGUGCCAAAAACCAACAGUCUGAGCCUGAUCAGGACAGCCAGUGCUUCCUCCAGUAAAUCAUUUGACUAUGUGAAUGGCAGUCAAGCAGGCUCCAGUGCUGGAGCUGGUACAGAGGGUGUUACCAAUCUAACAGCUGGCAACACCAAUCGGUUUUCAACUAUCAGCCUACAGGAGGACCGACUAGGCCAAGCUGGGGAAAGUAAAGAUCUCCUUCCCCCAGGAGCUCCCCUAACCAAGCAGUCUCGAUCUCCAAGUUUCAAUAUGCAGCUGAUAUCCCAGGUGUAACUUUUACUCCCUUCCUUAGGACUUCCUCUUUCCCCUUAAUCGCCAGGCAAGUUCAUCCUUGGGCAAAACAUGAACCAUCAUCCUGCAGUGUGAGAAUACUGACUGUUGUGAUCUUGUUUGAUUUGGUUUAGCUAUCAUAUUGUAUUACUGAAACAGCAAUAAUUCUUCCCUCAUCUCAUCCUCCCCCCCAGCCCCCCUUGUAAACAUGGUUGUGAAAGCCGUAUAUAAUGUACUGUAUGCCUUUUUCCAUGCCUUCUCCUUCCUUUCUCCUUGGGUGAUGUGCAAUCCAUCGUAGGCUGAUCAGUCCCAUUUCAACACUGUGAGACUGGAGACACCGGUGGAAAUGGUGAAUGUGAUCCCUAUGAGAUGAUGUUUUGGCUUUGUUAAGAAAUAGAAACGGGUUUGGUUUCUUGGUGUACAGUACUGCAAAGACUACUGGAUCAUGACUUUUCUUUCUCAGAACCAGGAGCGCCUCAGAGAUUCUAGUGUGACUUUGGACCUCUCUGAGUCUGUGCAAUCAAUUCUGGGGAGGGGAUUGUCAUUGCUGCUCCUGGCUGCCUACAGCACUUUUUUCAUUAAAAUGAGGGUAGUUUUUUCUUGCC